UAAACAAUCAGCUGUCAACUCAAGAAGCUGCAUUUUGGACCGUAAAAAAUUAAAUACUAGAUGUACGUCAGCCUGUGGUUCAGAUUCCAAACUCCACCGGUACCUGGGAUGAAUCUUAAAUGAGGUUCAAUCCUUUACCAGUAGGAUGACAUUGGCAUUUUCGUAUGUUCGUUCUACGCGCGAAGGCCGAAGGCGCGUCCCAUCUGCAUCUAGCUUUCUCCAGACACUGACACCUGUCCUGGAGAAAGUUACAGCUGAUUCCUCUCGCCCUCUGGAGCAGGUGCCACGUAUUUGACCCUUGAUUUCAGUUUUUGUAGAGUUUAAGAUUGUAUCAGCAAACAUGACGACCAUGUUCAGUGAUCAAACCACAGAAAAGUUAAAGACAUUAUUGAGUGGAGGAGUUGCAGGAAUGUGUUCUAAAACAACAGUAGCACCACUUGAUCGAAUGAAGAUUCUGUUUCAGGCACACAACAAUCAUUACAAAAACCUUGGUGUCUGGUCUGGCUUAAAAGCCAUAGUUAAGAAUGAGAAUAUUUUUGCUUUGUAUAAGGGCAAUGGUGCUCAAAUGGUUCGGAUAUUUCCCUAUGCUGCAAUACAGUUUACAGCAUAUAGCACCUACAAAAGAACCUUCUCCAGUAUGUGCGAAACUUCUACGUGGUUGGGUUCUUUCCUAACAAAUUUUGGAUCAGGGGCUCUGGCUGGUGUCACUGCAGUGGCAAUGACAUAUCCUCUGGACACUAUUCGAGCUCGACUAUCUUUCCAAGUCAAAGGAGAGCACAAGUACAAGGGGAUUGUUCAUGCAGGUGUAACUAUUGUCCGUAACGAAGGAGGAGUGUUAGCAUUGUAUCGGGGCUUUGUGCCUACUCUAUGUGGAAUAUUUCCACAAGCUGGGUGCAAUUUUUAUUUUUUUGAACAAUUGAAAAAUAUGUGCAUGCAAUAUUUUCCCAUGUACACGUGCAAUGUGUGUGAACAAAAUACAGGUGGUUUAGUCCUAUCCAUUCCAGCUAAGCUAGCAUGUGGUGGUGUCGCUGGUGCAAUUGCUCAAACCUUUUCUUACCCUCUUGAUGUAACACGGCGGCGCAUGCAACUGGCCAUGAUGACUCCAGAAACAAGCAAAUUUGCGACUGGUAUGUUGUCUACAUUAAAAAUGACCUACCAGGAGAACGGAAUUGUCCGAGGCCUCUACAGGGGCAUGAGUAUAAAUUUCUAUCGAGUAUGUCCCAUGUGUGCAGUGUCAUUUUCCACCAAUGAGAUGGUAAAACAGCUCCUUGGGUUAGAUACUGGGGUAUAAAAGAAAAAGAAACAAUUUGUAUUUUUUUCUAACUAUUCAGGAAAAACACCAAUUUUAUGUGAGUUUUUGAAACAAGUCGUUACUUUGGUCAGUCCAUUAUGGCCGUAAGUGCAUAAGAAUAUGGGGUGCAUUCACACUUGCUCAGAUUAAGAAUUUUGAUUGCAGGACUCAUACCCAUGACACAACACUAAGGCAGCAUAUUGGCAGAGGUAGUGACAUAUCUGCAAAGAAUGAGAUCAUAUACAAUUGUAAACAGACUUUAAGACUUCAAAUACAUCAAAGAAUCUCAGAUUCUUUUUAAGAAUAAUGUCCUAUUUGCUUUCUUAAACUAUUGUUGUUAGCUUUAGUUUUUUAAUUUAUUUUGUUAUUAUUAUUAUUCUUAUUUAUCUUAUUUGAGUAUGUUCAUACUUAGUCCCUAUGUUUUUACUUCAUUAAGACUGAAACAUUAUCAAUGGAAUGUACCAAAAUUAGCCUUAACAUUUCUCACUGCAUUAAGUAUUUAUAUUUAAAUUGUUUUAUUUGAAGCUGCGUUCUUAUAGCAGCACAGGUUGCAGCAUGCUUCUGUUGUUAUUUAAUUUGUAAGCACCAUAAUAAUUCUUAGCACCAUUGUUAUUGUUCGAGGGGUGCUAUUUGUUGGUGGUGGUAUCAUGGGAGAAAGGCCACCCUUGUCUCAUAGAGGUUUAUUUUAAAAAUGUUUUUAACUCUGUUGCGAUUUUACUCAACUCUGGGACCAAACCAAAAUAAAUCUUUUUUUUUUUACACAAA